UGCAUCUGGAGAUGAUCCAAGCUGCAUCUCUUCUUGCAUAUCAUUGCAUACGUAAACCGCGUCACGUUGUUAAAUCAGAGAAACGCAAAGAUACUCAGGUAAGUGUUUCAACCAAAGAAGAAACAAGGUUUCAUCAUGAAUGUUGCAAGCACUCAGAGUCCGAAUCGGAAUCGUCCUUUGAGAAGGUGGUGGAGAUGGGAGUGCCGUGUAACGAAUGCGUUCAAGAAAAACUGCGAUGGUUAAGGUCUCAGAUAAUCGGUAACGGUGCAGAGUUCGAUUCUCCGUUUGGAAGACGAAUCCUUGUGUAUGCUGAUCACACCGCUUCCGCUCGCAGUCUUCGCUACAAUGAAAACUUCAUCGCCGAUCAUCUUCUUCCUUUCUACGCCAACACUCACACGUCCGACAGUUACGUGGGAAGCAGGACAACAAAGAUGGUGCACGAAGCAAGAGAGUACAUUAAAAAAUGCUUAGGUGGUCGGAAAGACGAUGCACUCAUCUUGUGUGGCUCUGGCUCAACUGCAGCCAUCAAGAGGCUGCAAGAAGUGAUGGGAAUUGCAGUACCCUCUAUCUUGAGGGAAAGGGUUUUGAAGAGCCUUAGCACAGAAGAAAGAUGGGUGGUUUUUGUUGGACCUCAUGAACACCAUUCCAACCUCCUUUCUUGGAGGCAAAGUUUGGCUGAGGUGGUAGAAAUUGGUCUUGAUCACCAGGGCUUGAUAAACAUGGAUGCUCUAAAGCUAAAACUUGAGGCCUACAAAGACACCAAUCGACCCAUGUUGGGAUCUUUCUCAGCCUGUAGCAAUGUCACGGGAAUCUACUCAGAUACACGAGCAAUUGCUCAGCUUCUUCAUCAAUACAAAGCCUUUGCAUCCUUUGAUUUUGCAGCGAGUGGUCCAUACGUGGAGAUAAAGAUGAGGUGUGGGGAGAGUGAUGGGUACGACGCAGUGUUCCUGAGUCCACACAAGUUUCUUGGUGGUCCUGACUCUCCUGGGAUUCUGCUUAUGAACGAUGCUCUCUACCGAUUAAGAUCUUCGCCGCCAUCAACUUGUGGAGGUGGAACUGUGGAUUACGUCAACGGCUUCAACAAAAAGGAUACACUGUACUUGGAGAACAUAGAGGAAAGAGAAAAUGGGGGCACCCCUCCUAUAAUCCAGACAGUGAGAGCAGCAUUGGCAUUUUGGGUGAAAGAGUACAUAACCUACAAAGAGAUUGAGAAACGUGAACGAGUUUACAUUAAGAAAGCACUUAAGAGACUAAUGUCCAACCCAAACAUUGAGGUUCUUGGAAACUUGAGAACCAAAAGACAAGCCAUAUUGUCAUUUAUCAUUUAUUCUACCGCGAACAAAAGCUCUUUAUCACCUGGUUGGGGCAUUAAAUGGCUAGAAGACAGCCAGAAACAGGAAAAACAAAGAGAACUUAACUUUUGGAAAGAGACAGAGAGCGAAAGAGGUAAGCUACUUCAUGGCCCUUUUGUUGCAACACUGCUAAGUGACCUAUUUGGCAUCCAAGCCCGUGGAGGGUGUGCUUGUGCUGGACCUUAUGGCCACCAAUUGCUCAAUAUCAACAAAGCUCAAUCUCUUGCCAUUAGAUCAGCAAUUCAAGAGGGUUAUGUUGGAGUAAAACCUGGGUGGAGCAGAGUCAGUUUUCCGUAUUACAUGGAGGAGGAGGAAUUUGAGUUCAUUUUAACUGCGAUAGAGUUUGUAGCAAACUAUGGCCAACGAUUCCUUCCCUUGUAUAGCUUCAAUUUGAGAAAUGGCAGUUGGAGAAUGAAGAAAGAGCAACUUCAGGCUGUGAUAAACCAAAACAACUGCAACUUUCGGAAAACUCUUGAGGAAGCAAAUGAUUUGAAACCACUAAAAACAGGGAAUAACGUUGGAACCAAACAAGUUAGGGUGUUGAGGAAAUCAUACUUAGAUACAGCAAAAUAUAUUGCAAGUCUUCUCCCCAAGUUCCCUUCUGAGGCCAUACUCCAUGAAGAUGUAGAUCCCGAUGUUCUGUAUUUUAGAGUUUAAUUAUUUGCUAAAUAUCAAUUAGCAUUCAUUAAUAUAUAUUUCACUGCU